AUGGCUAGCAAUGUGGUAGUUUUUACCAGCUCUGAUGACGUUGAGGUGCAAUGCGAGCGCUCGGUCGCCGAGCAAUCUGGUCUUAUUAAGAACAUGAUUGAGGACAUUGGUGCUUUUAACGGACCUAUUCCUCUGGCUAACGUCAACGAAGCGGUACUUCGUAAGGUGAUCGAGUGGUGCGAGCACCACAAGAACGACCCUCCCAGCACUGGCGAGGAUGACGAUAACCGCCGCAAGACUACCGACAUUGAUGAAUGGGACCAAAAAUUCAUGCAGGUCGACCAGGAAAUGCUGUUUGAAAUCAUUCUGGCCGCAAACUAUUUGGAUAUUAAAGGUCUACUGGACGUUGGCUGCAAAAGCGUAGCCAAUAUGAUCAAGGGAAAGUCCCCCGAAGAGAUUCGGAAAACAUUCAACAUUCAGAACGAUUUCACACCCGAGGAAGAAGAUCAGAUUCGUCGUGAGAACGAGUGGGCCGAGGAUCGUUAA